GACAGCAUUUAGUGCGCUCUCUCUCUCUCUCUCUCUCUCUUCCUCCUUCCCCUCUCUUUUUCCUCUCCCCCCGCCCCCAAAGUUCCAACAACCCCCUCCCUUUUCUCCCCCAAGUCCUCCGGUUUACUAUCUCGGAGGCUCCCAUUCCUCAGAUCUGGUGGGCUUCCGACGAAUCGGACCACGGAAUUUUUUCGGAAAGCCCCGGUUUUGCUAUAUCCGCGGCUUAAAACCUCCGCAUUUCGAAAUUUUUCCGCGAAACUAUUGCGGUUUUUAUCCGGUUCGGAGCAUUGUGGCAUGAAUUGAGUGAGAUCUGGUGGUGUUUUGUGGAUCGGCAAGUUGGAGGAGUGGAAGGAUUGGAGAGAGAUUCUGGUACUGAGCUCUAAUUUGCUUUGAUUGCAUGACAUUGGCAUAAGACGAUUUUCUGGAAGGAAUCUGGUCAGAAUGGUGAAACUAGUGCAGUAAGAGUGAUGCAGACGAGAGUAUUUUGAAGCAAAUUUGGAGAGGUAUACAAUCAGGUGCAAGGUAUAUGCAAUUAAUGGAGGCUGAGUUGUGCUCGUCACGGGCGUUGUCUCCGUCUCGGGAAGAAAGUGGAGAUGAAGAGCUCUCAGUGCUUCCCAGGCACACUAAAGUCAUUGUUACAGGUAACAACAGGACGAAGUCUGUUUUGGUUGGGCUGCAAGGUGUGGUGAAGAAAGCUGUUGGUCUUGGUGGCUGGCAUUGGCUGGUCCUUAAGAAUGGGGUCGAGGUAAAGUUGCAGAGGAAUGCUUUGAGUGUUUUAGAAGCUCCAACUGGAAAUGAGGACGACGACGACGUGGACUGUGACAACUCUUUCUGUAGUAGCUCUGACAUGGGAGAGAAAGAUAUCGAUUACAGUAGCAUAGAGUGCCAGAAACCAACAAAGCCGAGGGUUCGGCAUACCAGGCCUUGGACAUCUUCAGCGAAGUCGCCUUGGACAUCUUCAGCGAAGUCGAAGCAGAAUAACCGUGGCAUCUACAAGGAUGUCCGCUCCCAUAUUUACAAGCCUCAGACGAGGGUAAACUUGUCAAAACUCGGGACAGCCACCUUGUGGAGAUACUGGAGGCACUUCAAUCUGGUAAGCCUCAAUCCUAAUCCAUCGAAGGAACAACUGGUUAAUGGUGUGCGGCACCAUUUCCUUUCUCAGCAAUUGGACGAGAUGCAGGUUAUUGUGGGUUUCAUCCACACGGCAAAGAGGUUGAAAACCAUCUACUCUUAAGAAGGAAUAGUGGUGGAAUUGUCGUACGAUCCGAAUUGCUGUGGGCUUAUGAAAUCUGAAAGGAGAUCAUGUUCUCAUCCUUCUGGAAAUCUAUGACAUCUAAGAGCAUUAUAAGCUCAUUCACAUGUAGCACAGUUGUAUUAACCACGCUAUACACAAGGUUUUGCAGUGUACCAUCCUGCUAUCCCGCUGUGUGUUUAUAGCUAUGAUUUGGUGCAUUCCCAAGAACAAGUUGCAUGAUAUGAUUGAUGUA